GCAUAUACCAGCUAAUUAAAACUUUUAGCCUUUCUGUUUCUCCUCCUCAGCUCCUGCUAAAACUGCCUACUCUUUCCAUUUCCCUGGAAAAAGCAGCAUGGAAUCAAGAGUACAGCAGCUUCACAUAAUGUUCUUUCCCCAUCUGUCUCAUGGACACCUGAUCCCAUCCAUUGACAUGGCAAGAGUAUUCGCCAGUCAUGGUGUUAAGGCAACCAUCAUUUCCACUCCUCUCAAUGCUCCCAUCAUCUCUGAAAUUACCGAAAUGGAUAAACAAAUUGGUCUUGAAAUCCAUAUUCGCAUAAUAAAUUUCCCUUCAACCGAGGCAGCAUUGCCAGAAGGAUGCGAAAAUCUGGCCUCAACAACUUCACCGCAAAUGUUCAAUAAUUUCUUUAAGGCACUUACUCUGCUUCAACAACCACUUGAAGACAUCCUGGAAGAAUGCCGCCCUAAUUGCCUUGUCGCGGAUACAGCAUUUCCUUGGGCUACAGAAGUUGCCGGCAGGGCUUCCAGACCAUAUACAGAUGACAAAACUACAGCAACCAAGUUAUUUCAAAGGAGUCGAUGAUGAACAAAAGAAGCUGACAGAUUUAUCAGUUCAAUCAGAGGUGACAAGCUAUGGAGUCCUUGUAAAUAGCUUCAAUGAGCUGGAGCCAGCUUACUCAGAACACUACAGGAACGUUUUCGGAAGGAAGGCAUGGAACGUUGGGCCGGUUUCACUCUGCAACAAGGAAAUAGAAGAAAAAUCUCUUAGAGGAAAAGCAGCCUCCAUUGACACAUAUGAGUGCUUAAAAUGGCUAGAUUCAAAGCAACCCAACUCGGUUCUCUACAUAAGUUUCGGAAGCAAGUAUCGCUUUCCCGAUGCUCAGCUGCUUGAGAUUGCUAAGGGUCUAGAAGCAGCUGGACAGGACCUCAUUUGGGUAAUCAAAAACGAAGGCAAGCAAGAACUUCUUUUAGAAUUUGAGCAGAGAAUAGCAAAAGACAAGAAGGGUUUAAUAAUAAAAGGAUGGGCUCCUCAAGUACUCAUUCUUGAUAAUGAAGCCAUUGGAGGGUUUAUGACUCACUGUGGAUGGAACUCAAUCCUGGAAAGUAUCAGCAAUGGGAUUCCAAUGAUCACAUGGCCACUCUAUGCGGACAGUUUUAUAACGAAACGGUAGUAACGCCAAUUGUAAAAGCAGGGGCAAGUGUCGGUGCCCAGGAG